AUGAAGCCCAAGAAAGCCAAGCACGGCGAGGCCAAAGCACUACGGGCAGCGACGGCGGCGGCGGCAGCGGCAGCGGCAGCUUCAUCCAGAAGCCGCAUGGGAUUGGGCGUCUACCUGAAAGAGCCCGAGACGUUCCCAUCGUCGCGCGUCAUCUUCCACACGGCCGACUUUGUCGCCAUCCACGACCUGUACCCCAAGGCCACGGUGCACGCGCUGCUCCUGCCGCGGCGACGGGACCGCAACCUGCUCCACCCGUUCGAGGCCCUGGCCGACGACGCCUUCAGGCGGCAGGUGAUCGAGCAGACGGCGCGUCUGAAGCGCAUGGUGGCCGGGGAGCUGAGGAGGCUGGUGGGGCGGGACAGCAGGGCCGACGCGGCCAGACAGGCUGUGCUCGACGGCGAAGCCGGGCCAGAGCAUCCCUCCCUUCUCCUGCCUCCUCCUCGCCUCCCCGAGGGCGGCAGGGACUGGGAGGCCGAGGUGAUGGCGGGGGUCCACGCCGUGCCCAGCAUGUCGCACCUGCACGUCCACGUGCUGUCGAGGGACAUGCACUCGAACGCCGUGCGGCACAGGAGGCAUUACAACUCGUUCAACACGCCCUUCUUCGUGCCUCUUGGCGAUAUACCCCUCGCACCGGACGACGGGAGACGGCACACAGGUCACGAGGGCUACCUCCGGUGGGGGAUGAGGUGUUGGCGCUGCGGGAGGGACUUUGGUAACAGGUUCAAGGAGUUGAAGGAACAUCUUGACGGGGAGUUUGUCGAGUGGAAGAGGGAGUGA